AUGCCAAUUAUUGAAGGAAAGCUGAAAUUAGGUGAACGAGAAGCUCGGUGCACUGACAAACUUUUAGCGAUUCAUUGGAAGGACCGUCGUGAUGUAUAUAUGUUAACAUCUAUGAAUACAAAUGAAAUGGUUGAUACAAAAAAGAUAGAUAGAAAAACAGGAAAAAAAUAUCUCAAGCCACAAAGUGUAGUUAGUUAUAACAAGAAUAUGGGUGCAAUAGAUAAGACUGACAUGUUGUUAAGUUCUACCGAAUGUGUUAGACGUACAUUAAAAUGGUACAAAAAACUAUUUUUUCAUCUUAUUGAUAUGAGUAUGCUAAAUGCAUAUUCUAUGUAUAAAACUGUUACAGAACCCACCGACGAUUUUACUUGCAAAAGCUCUACUGAAUCAAUUAAAAUAAACACUACAUCAUCAAAUGCAUACAGAACCAUAAUUAAAUAUCUAAAAGAUGCAAAAGCUGAAUUUUUUACAUAUCAAUUAAAAGAAAACAAACCUUACCGUAUCGUCAUUAGAAAUCUACAUCCUACUACUCCACCAGAUUACAUAAAAGAAGAACUUGAAAAUGAAGGAUAUCAAUGCCCGUCGGUUUUCACACGUAAAGAUAACUUGGUUGUCCACCAAAAAACUCAUACCGGUAUUCGUUUUCCAUGUACUAUAUGUCAGUCAACAUUUACAUACAAAACCAGUCUCACCAAACAUUUGAAAAAUGUUCAUGGCAUCGCUCCGUCUUAUAGCCAGCCUGCAUCUCAACCAGUACGACAGAGUGUCAUACAGUUCGCGCCUCGCAUUGCUCCACAGAUCCAGAUUGCCCCUCAAAUUUUCGUUCCCGAUAUCCAGGCCGGUCGCUCGAACAUGGUGGCCGAAGACGAGAUUUGCAUGGCAGUUAUGGAUGAGUUUGAAAAUGAGGACGAGAUUUGCACUACAUGUGUAAAUGGUAGACGGGUUUCCACUGCAAACACCACCUCGGUAGCUAGGAUGAAAAAGGCUCGUAUGGACAUAGUUAAGACUCCUGGUUUCACAGAAAUUUCUUCGUCUGCGAAUCGAAAAAUCGUGUGGUAUUGUCAAAAUAUUAACAAUGUUCACAAUUAUCCCGACUUUCUCCGCUCGCUCAUGCCUGAGCUUGAAAAUGUAUUAAAGACAUGUCUGAAAAAACACCCGAUAAAAUUUAAUUUGAAACUCGAGGCAGCAUACAACCGGCCCAACGUACCAAACUCGUCGGAGAACCGGGCAUUCAAGACUUCGGCGGUAGAACUUUUUCCGGAUAGUGACAUUAGUACGAUCAUUGAGAGAGCUUUUAUAAAGUUGUCGAAGGAGGAGGAAGAAUAUAAAUCACGCGGAAGUGGAUUUACAUUAGAAAGUAUAGAUGGGUUAUUGCUAAGUAUAUAUAAAUAUACACCAAUGUGCGGUUCAUCGUACAUAUCGUUGCCGGCGUAUAUUGACAGGAAACGGGCCACCAUCAACCCUCAAAACACAGAUCAGGAAUGUUUCAAGUGGGCGAUUUUGGCGAGGCAUGUGACGGGGCAUGCGGUAUACCGUAUCGGUGAAAAUUAUAGAAAUCACGAGGAUAAGUACAAUUUUGAAGGCAUCACAUUUCCCACACCUCUAUCGGACAUCGCUAAAUUUGAGAAAAAUAAUAGAAAUGUAUCUAUUAAUGUGUAUGGGUUGGACAAAAAGUUCCAGCCACCACGUAAAUAUCCGACGUACGAGGUGUAUCCGCUACGUGUCGUUGAUGAGGAGAAAGCCAACCACUUUGAUUUGUUGUUGGUGACGGACGACGAAAACUCACACUAUGUGUAUAUUUCAAAUUUUUCUCGGCUUAUUAGAUCGCAAAAGACUGGACAUGAAGAGAGAGUAGUGUUUUGCAAGAAGUGUUUCACAUCAUUCGAUGACAGGCGGCAUAAAUACAAGUUGAGCGGACGGGAGGCGUUAACUCAGCAUAAGCUUAUAUGCGGUGCACAUAAGCCAAUAUUACCGGUGAUGCCGAAAGAAGGCGAGUGUCUGCGAUUUGAAGCAUGGAGAAACACUCAGAGACAUCCUAUAGUAAUAUAUGCGGAUUUUGAGACACUGCUAGUUAAGACGGACGAGGUGAAGGGAAAAAAUACGAAGAUUGUUCACAAACAUGAGGCUAUGAGCUAUGGUCUCAUUGUGAAGGCGAGCAAUGACGUACCGGCAGAGCUAUUAGCGAGAUACGAGAUACCAACGGAACCAAUAUUAUAUCGAGGAAGUGAGAGUCGGCGUGAUGUGGCGAGACAUUUUGUUGAAACCGUGUCUGAAAUAGCAUUAAAGACAGAGAAAUUAUUGAAGACGAAUAUUCCGAUAAAUAUGUCCGCAGACGACAUACAAGUUCAUGAAGCAGCGACGCACUGCAAUCUAUGCAAAAUUGAGUUUACCCCACCUUCAGAGGUACUAUAUCGUAAGACAGCUGACCAUUGCCAUCUCACAGGAAAAUACCGUCAAGCUCUCUGCAAUGUAUGCAACCAAAAACUACAAACACCCGUUUUUGUACCAUGCUACUUCCAUAACUUGUCCAACUAUGACGCACAUCUGAUAGUCACAGAACUUGGUUAUGACACCCAGACUAUUAGAGUGAUACCCAACAGUGAGGAAAAAUAUAUUUCGUUUACGAAAUAUGUGUCAAGUAAAUUCCAAAUCCGUUUCAUAGACACUUUUAGAUUCAUGGCAUCAGGACUAUCAACUCUAGCUAAAAAUCUUGUAACACCAGGUCUUGAAAACUUUCGUGAAACAGCUAAAGUGUUUACUGGAGACGAUAUGCCACUUGUAACUCGUAAGGGGGUGUACCCGUAUGAGUACACGGAUAGUUGGAGCAGGUUGGACGAGACGAGUUUACCGAGCAAGAGGAGUUUUUAUAGCACGUUAAACGAGUCGGGAAUAAAGGAGGAGGAAUACACGCAUGCAAAGGAGGUCUGGGACCACUUCGGUUGCAAGACGCUGGGCGAGUAUUCGGACUUAUAUUUGAAAAUCGACGUGUUGCUGCUUGCGGACGUCUUUGAAAAUUUUCGUGAUGUGUGCAUAAAGACAUACAACCUGGACGCCGCCCACUAUUUCACUGCACCCGGCUUAAGUUUUGACGCGAUGCUGAAGUUCACAGGACAGAAACUUGAAAUGUUAUCGGAUUAUGACAUGCUGUUAAUGUUCGAGAAUGGUAUACGUGGCGGCUUGGUACAAGCGAGUAAGAGGUACGCGAAGGCGAAUAACAUAAAGACCCCGGGAUAUGACGAAACGAAGGAGAAAUCAUGGAUUGUAUAUCAGGACUGUAACAACUUGUACGGAUGGGCAAUGUCCCAAUACAUGCCUUAUGCUGGGUUCAACUGGGUUGAACCCACAUUGAAUGGAUUGGAUGAUCUGGACGAUACCUCCCCCAUAGGGCGAGUAUACGAAGUUGAUAUAUCAUACCCGAGAAAUUUGCACGAUCAUCAUAAUGAUCUCCCUUUCCUACCUCAGAACAGCGUGCCGCUAGGGUCAAAGGUGAAAAAAUUGAUGGCGACGUUCGAAAAGAAGAAAAAUUAUAUAAUACAUUAUAGGAGCCUGCAACAAGCGAUUAAGAAUGGUACAUAG